AUGCAGUUUAUGUUGCUUUUUAGUCGCCAGGGGAAACUGAGACUCCAGAAGUGGUAUGUCCCAUUAUCUGACAAAGAAAAGAAGAAAAUCACAAGGGAACUUGUUCAAACAGUAUUAGCCCGCAAACCGAAAAUGUGCAGCUUCCUGGAAUGGAGAGACCUGAAGAUUGUCUACAAAAGAUAUGCAAGCCUCUACUUCUGCUGUGCUAUUGAAGAUCAGGACAACGAACUAAUAACUCUGGAAAUAAUUCAUCGCUAUGUAGAACUUCUUGACAAGUAUUUUGGCAGUGUGUGUGAACUUGAUAUCAUCUUCAAUUUUGAAAAAGCCUAUUUCAUUCUGGAUGAGUUCCUUUUAGGAGGGGAAGUUCAGGAGACUUCCAAGAAAAAUGUUCUCAAAGCCAUUGAACAGGCAGAUCUUUUACAGGAGAGCCAGAAUGAAGACUGGGGAGGUUUGUCUGAGGAGAUCUUAUGAUUAAGAGCAAUCUAGGGCAUUAGCCCUUUUGACCCCCAUCUAAAUGAUUGGUAACUACCGAGUUUACCAUUUUGGUGGCAUGGAUUAAAUGGGUGCUAUGCAAAGACUGCUGCACGUGUAAUUAAGUCCUUGCAAGGGUAAACAGAAAA